UGUCUUUGGGCUCAGUUUGGCGAUGGGUUCUAUCCACGGUCACUCAGCGGCAGUCGGGGAGCUGAGCGUUGUUUGGGUCGACGCUCACGCCGACAUCAACACGCCACUGACCUCAGCCACAGGAAACUUCCACGGACAGCCCAUGUCCUACCUCCUCCAUGAGCUGCAGUCCAAGGUUCCUGUUUUACCAAACUUCUCCUGGAUCAAACCGUGUGUUUGGGCCAAAGAUCUCGUCUACAUCGGGCUGAGGGACGUGGAUCCAGAGGAGCAUUACAUCCUGAAGCUGCUGGGGGUGAAGGUGUUCUCCAUGUCGGAGGUGGAUCAGCUCGGAGUUUCCAGAGUCAUGGAGGAGACGUGUGAUUAUCUCUCUGACAAAGUGAAGAAACCGAUUCACCUGAGUUACGACAUCGAUGCUGUUGACCCCUCUGUUACCCCGGCAACUGGCACACCCGUCAACGGAGGGCUGACGUACAGAGAGGGCGUGUACAUCACGGAACACCUCUGUCAGACAGGUCUCCUGUCAGCAGUCGACAUGGUGGAGGUGAAUCCUCUGAGGGCUCGGACGGAGGAGGACGUUCAGUCCACAGUCAGCACGGCGGUCCACCUGCUGCUCGGAUGUUUCGGACGUCUCCGUCAGGGAAACCACUCGCCAGGUUACCGUCUGCCUGAGCCGUGAGCAGAACGACUCUGACAUCUCCCACUGCUUCGACAGACACCUGAAGGUCUCACAGAUCCUCACAAAGCUCAGAUGAUGAAACUUGUGAGUUUGUUUCUUGACGUCAGUGAAAUGUUUUUAUUUCUCAAAAUGGAAAUGUGAUGUUGGUGAAUCACUGGAGUUAAAUUGAACGUUCAUAAUUCUACUGUAUUGAUUAUUUAAUAAAGACACAAAUCAGUUUUAUAAAAAGUCUGUGAAUCUGUGAGGCAUCAAAACGUCACCUUUAUUCUGAACGGAAAAUAACAACACUCACACACAAAGUGCAACUUGAACAUUUCACUGCAUGGAAUCAAAUCUGUGAGUCUCAGACUGUGAAUAAAGAUGGACGACACUUCACCUCCAGAAAUGAAGCUCAAACAUCUGGGAUUUGAACGCUGCCAUCUUGUAUAUGUGACCUAUACUGCAUCCAGCCACCAGGGGGCCACCCAGCCGUCAUGUCGUCCAUCUUGAUUUAUGGUGAAUAUUUGAGUGUUUCGCUGAAAUCGACCGUCGCUCGUUUACAGACUCAGUUUUAGACACCGGUCAUCGUAACGUUCCCUCUGUAAAAUGUGGAGCAUUGCAUUGUGGGAUUGUGAGUGGAUAUGAACCUGUUCAGGUCUAGAACAUGAACCUGUUCAGGUCUAGAACAUGGACAUGAACCUGUUCAGGUCUAGAACAUGGACAUGAAACUGUUCAGGUCUAGAACAUGAAMCUGUUCAGGUCUAGAACAUGGACAUGAACCUGUUCAGGUCUAGAACAUGAACAUGAACCUGUUCAGGUCUAGAACAUGAACAUGAACCUGUUCAGGUCUAGAACAUGAACAUGAACCUGUUCAGGUCUAGAACAUGGACAUGAGUGUAAACGAGUCGUCCGACCUUCAGGUUGUGUUCAGGGUCUGACAGGUGAGUUUCUAUUGGACAGACGGAGGCUCAUACUUUAAGCUAAGCUACGCUAACGAGCUGCUGGUUGUAGCUUUAAUAUUUCAUAUGAAGACAGAAGAGUCUGAUCAGUAAGUAAAGUUUCUCUGAAAGGUUUAAAUUCUUUAAAUCAGAUUUUUAUUUCUUUAAAAGUUUGAAUGAAGCAGAAACAUUUAGUCAAAACUGAUUUUAUAAAUAUCUGAACUUGUGCUGCUUCAUGUGACAACUGUUAAAAUGAAGAUUAAACUGAGACGAGGGAUGGGCGUGUGUG